CCAUCCUCAACACAACCCCCCCUCCUCCAAAUACCCAAAUAAAAAUGCAAAUUAAGACUGUUCAGACUACCCCAUUUGAGGGCCAAAAGCCCGGUACCUCCGGUCUCCGCAAGAAGGUCAAGGUCUUCCAACAAGAACACUACUCCGAGAACUUCAUCCAAGCAAUUCUCGACGCAAUCCCCGAAGGCGCUCAGGGCGCUACCCUCGUCAUCGGUGGUGACGGCCGUUACUACAACCCCGAAGUUGUCCAGAAGAUCGCAAAGAUUGGUGCCGCGAACGGUGUCUACAAGUUGAUUAUCGGACACAAGGGUAUUCUCUCUACUCCCGCGGCGUCCCAUGUUAUUCGCAAGUACAAGGCUACUGGUGGCAUUCUCCUUACUGCCUCCCACAACCCCGGAGGCCCCGACAAUGAUUUCGGUAUCAAAUAUAACUUGUCCAACGGAGCGCCGGCACCCGAGCAAGUCACCAACAAGAUCUUCGCUAUCACCAAGGAUAUCAAGGAGUACAGGAUUGCUGAUAUCCCCGACGUCGACCUCUCCUCCAUUGGCGAGCAAACCGUCGGCGACCUCAAGGUUCAGGUCAUCGACUCCUGCAACGACUACGUCCAGUUCAUGAAGGAGAUCUUCGAUUUCGACUUGAUGAAGGAGUUCUUGCAGAAGGACAAGGACUUCAAGCUCGUAUUCGAUGCCUUGAGCGGUGUCACUGGACCUUACGCUACCAGAAUCUUCGUCAACGAACUCGGUAUCGACGAGAAGUACUGCCAGAACUGCAUCCCCCUUCCCGACUUCGGCGGUCACCACCCCGACCCUAACCUUACCUACGCACACUCCCUCGUCGAGCGUGUCGACAAGGAAAACAUUCCCUUCGGAGCUGCUUCCGAUGGUGAUGGUGACCGUAACAUGAUCUACGGAGCUAACGCUUUCGUUUCGCCCGGUGACUCCGUCGCCAUCAUUGCGCACUACGCCGACAAGAUCCCCUACUUCAAGAAGCACGGCGUCCAAGGCCUUGCGCGCUCCAUGCCCACCUCUGGUGCUUUAGACCUUGUCGCCAAGGCCCAGGGUCUCCAGUGCUACGAAGUGCCCACCGGCUGGAAGUUCUUCUGCUCGUUGUUCGACGACAACAAGCUCUCCAUCUGUGGUGAGGAAUCCUUCGGAACCGGCUCAAACCAUAUCCGCGAGAAGGACGGUUUGUGGGCUGUGAUGGCGUGGUUGAACAUCAUCGCUGCCGUCAACAAGGAGCGUCCUGGAGAGGAGAGCAUCGCUGCCAUCCAGCGCGACUUCUGGAAGAAGUAUGGACGCGUGUUCUUUACUAGAUACGAUUACGAGGAUUGCGAGUCCGCGGAUGCGGAGCAGGUUAUCAAGAACAUCGACGAGCAGAUUUCCAAGUCUGACUUUAUCGGUUCCGAGAUCGCUCCCGGAUACGUCGUUUCUGAUGCUGGUGACUUCGAGUACAAGGAUCCCGUCACUGGUGAUGUCUCUUCCCACCAGGGUCACUACAUCCGUUUCGAAGAGGGGUCGCGUAUCGUCGUUCGUCUUUCUGGUACUGGAUCGAGUGGUGCCACCAUCCGCUUGUACGUUGAGAAGUUUGAGAAGGAUAGCUCUAGGUACGAGCUUGAUGCCCAGGAAGGAUUGAAGGCGUCCAUUGAGAUGGCGAUCAAGUUCUUGAAGUUGAAGGAGUAUGUUAACCGCGAGGAGCCUACUGUCAAGACCUAA